UCCAGUGAUUGCACUUCACGAGCACCAAACAUGAAUGGCGUCUCUUCUUCUGCAUGCAGAUGCAGCAGUGGAGGCUCAUCAUGCAAGCUCUGGGACAGAGCUCCACUUCUCGGUUCACAAUGCCACGAUAUCCGACCGGAUGCAACAGCAGCUUGUACUAAUGCCUGAGCUCUGAAUGGUGCAAUGUGCGCGUCACAUUAUUUGACAACAUACUGCAGUAACUUGCCGCGAUGGACGGCAUCACAAACGAGCUGAAAGACUUCGACCUGAACACACCCAUCGACACCAGCAGCGGUCUCCGAAGUGGCUUGACCAGCUACGGCGACACUCACUUCUCUCUCUUCCUCCGCAAAGUCUUUAUCAAAGCCGCAGGCUAUGGCGAAGAUGCACUUUCAAGACCCAUCAUCGGUAUCAUCAAUACCGGAUCUGGCUUCAAUCCAUGUCAUGCAAAUGUGCCUCAGCUUAUCGAAGCUGUAAAGAGAGGCAUCCAGCUUCAUGGAGGUCUGGCUAUUGACUUUCCGACCAUCUCGCUACAUGAGUCGUUCGCAGCGCCCACUUCUAUGUUCCUGAGGAAUUUGAUGUCUAUGGAUACGGAGGAGAUGAUUAAAGCUCAGCCACUGGACGCUUGUGUCAUGAUCGGUGGUUGUGACAAGACGAUACCUGCGCAGUUGAUGGGAAGCAUUUCCGCGAAUGAGCCUGUCAUAUCUUUGGCCACUGGACCCAUGAUGCCAGGCUCUUUUCGAGGACAGAGAGUAGGUGCAUGUACCGACUGCCGAUCGUCAUGGGCUGCAUACAGGCGCGGAGACAUGGACAUUGAGGAUAUUAGUGGGAUCAAUGACGAGCUGGCGCCUACCGUGGGGACCUGCGGUGUGAUGGGCACUGCGAGCACAAUAGCCUGCGUGACGGCGGCUCUCGGUCUCAUGCCAUUAGCCGGAGCGACUGCGCCAGCUGUCUCUGCAGCUCGAAUGCGUGUAGCAGAGGAGACAGGCGCAAUCGCCGUAUCUGUGGCGGCGAAUCUCGACUUGCGAAGACCACAAACAGUUCUGACAAAGGAGUCAUUUCUCAACGCGAUCACCGUGCUGCAAGCCAUCGGAGGCUCCACCAAUGCUGUAGUGCACCUCAUGGCAAUCAUAAAUCGACAUCCAGAUCUUGUGGGACAAAUCACGUUGAAGACUUUCGACGACAUCGGACGCAAAACGCCGCUACUCGUGGAUCUCAAGCCAAGCGGAGACAACUACAUGAACGACUUCCACAAUGCCGGUGGGAUGCUUGCACUAUUGCAUACCCUGCGACCACUGUUACACCUCGAGGCCAAAACAAUCACGGGCAAGACUCUCGGAGAGAUCCUUGACGCGACUCCGUUCAAGCCCUUCCCAUACUCCACAGAACUGGUACGUCCACUCUCGAACCCUCUUUACCCCAGCUCAGCCCUCGCAGUCCUCUACGGCAACCUCGCACCAAACGGCGCAGUCCUCAAGGCUUCCGCCUCGAAGGUCCGCACACUCCUCGAGAGCUCUGGUCCAGCAGUCGUCUUUGAAAACACUGCCGACCUGUCUCGCCGGAUCGACAGUGAAGAUCUGCAAGUAACAGAAGACUCUGUGCUCGUGCUCAAAGGCAUUGGACCAAUUGGGAAUCCUGGUAUGCCAGAAGCCGGCGUCAUUCCUAUUCCGCGCAAGCUCAAAGGCGUCACUGACAUGCUCCGAUUAUCCGAUGGGAGGAUGUCUGGUACAGCGGGUGGCACUAUCAUCUUGCACAUCUCACCGGAGUCAGCAAUUGUUGACUCGCCAUUUGGGGUUGUAAGAGACGGGGACGUGAUUCGGGUGAGUUUGGAACAGAGGUUAUUGCAAGUUGAGAUCAGUGAGGAGGAGAUGCAGAGGAGAAUCGAAGAGAGGAAAGCCGCUAUAAACGUAGAGACUGGGCCAGAGGGCAAGGGAAAAAGAAUAGUGAAGAGGCAGAGAGGGUAUAGAGGUCUGUAUGAGAAGUGUGUGAAUCAGGCUGAAGAGGGAGCUGAUUUUGACUUUUUGACUGCCAAUGGCGUAGCGUAGUAGAUUGUUCAGCAUCGCCUUGAUCACAGUGCCUGAUUACAUAUCACGCCUCAUCUACUACCAUGACAGGUGAAGUCAACUCCUGUAAAGGUGAUAUUUGUAAUGUAUGCCACAUACAAUGGUCGUCGAAAGUCGUGCCAAGAUGAAUAGUUUAGUGAUCAGUACGUCCGUAGGGGUUGCUACAUCGUCCGUCUCCGCAAAUCAGCCCGUCUGAUGUGUUUGCUAUUUUACUGUAUAGAAUGCAGGUCCAUUGACGAUUUUG